AUGGCCGCCACCACCAUGAACAUGCCUUCUCACAUCCAAAACGGCACUGUUUUCUACCCAUCGCUCGAUGCAUACAAUUCUGCUUUGUACGAGUACACUCGUAGGCAGUUCGAGGAGGCACAGCGAGAUGCUAACCACCGCUCGCAAAAGCGUCAAACCUCGGGCACUAAGCCGCAGAGCGCUGCGGGUCGCCGAUCCACAUAA